AUGGAAGGUGAUUUGGGAUAUCUUCUUGAUUCACAAUUCAUGAGAAUGAAAGAAAAUGAAGAAGAAUAUAAAACAGUAUGUAUAAGGAUUAAUAAAAUUGAAAUUGAAAGAAAGAAUGUGAGUAAAAUCAUUGUUGUGAUGAUUUCUGAUGAAACAAAAGAAAUAGUUUCUGAGAUGAGAUGUAUAGAAAUACCAGAAAGUGUUGUACUCAAUAACAAAGAAAAUAAAUAUGAAAAGAAGAGUCUUUGUAUUUGUUGUAUUAAUGAAGAAAUGAAAAACAAAGGAAUUCAUAUUAACAACUAUAACAUUGAAAGAAUUGGAAUAAUUGCAAUGAAUGAAAUUAUGUAUGGAAGAGAAAGAAUUGAUAGUAUUCAAAUUAGAAAAGUGAAUAAUAAACAAAAGACAAUCAAAGAAGUGAUUGAAGAAGAAGAGAUGAAACAAGAAAAAUGUCAAAUUGAAAUAGGUAUAGGAGGAACAAAUAAUGAGAUGAUAAGUUUUGAUGAACAUGAAAUAAAACAAUACAACGAAGAAAAGUAUAUUGUAUUUAUUAAAAAGAUAGAAGGAAUUAAAAAAAUUAAACAAGGAAGAAUUGAAAUUGAAAGUGAAGGAAUUAUAGAAAUGAACAAAGAAGAAACGAAAAAGAUUAAAACAAUAAUAGAAACAAAAGAAAUUAUGAUAAUGUUUAAAACAAAAAAACAAAAUAAAAAAAUAAAUAUUUUGUUUAAUAAUAAAGGAGAAGAAUAUAAAGGAGUUAUUAAUUUAUCAACAAUAAGUUGUAAUAAAGAAGAAAGAAUAAUAAUUGGAUAUAAAAAAGAAAGAAAUAUUAGUAUAAUAUAUCUUGUUAUAGGAAAUUGUACACAAAAAGUUAAUUGUUUUAAAAUAUUUAAAUAUAAUGAAAAUGAAUUAAAUAAACUUUCUAAUUGUCAAUAUAAAUAUAAUGGAUAUGAAAUUAUAUUGUUUUUUCUUAAACAAAUACUGAUAAGAAAUGAUGUAAUAAAUAUAAAUAAAUUAACAUUUAUUAUAUCAAAAUUAUCAUCUAUUUCUUUUUUAUUAUCUCAAAAAAUUAUUUCUCAAGUGAUUUCAACAAUUAUACAAAAGAAUGAAUUGAAAACAGAUCUUUUUAUACAAAUUAUUACUAAAUAUAUAGAAAAUAUCAAAACAACUUCUGAUUUUAAUAUAAAUCCAGAACCUUAUAUUAUAGGAAUUGGAUUUUUCAUUAAUAUGAUUUCACUUGUAUUAGAACAAGAUGAUAUAAAGAAAUAUUGUCAAUCAAAUAUUCAUCAAAUAUUAAUUCAUCUUAUCAAUACAUUUAUUAUUUUUAAAGAUUAUUGUAUAAAAUAUUAUUGUUUUAGAAAUGUAAGUUAUCAAUUUGGGAGAUUAAUUAAUAAAAUAAACACUAUAAUUAAUGAAGAAGAAAUUCAUCAAAUUAAUCAUCAAAUUGAUGUAUCAGAAUCUUUUAAUCAAUUCAUCAAUAAUCAAGAAUUUUACAAAGGAAUCUUCUCAAUAAAAACACAAAAUGAAGUAAUAAAUAAACAAUUUGUACAAUAUUGGAAAUAUAUUGUUGAAACAUUAAAAAUAUCAAAAAGAACAAGUUAUAUAAUUACAUUCUUAUUCUACAAUAAAGAAAUUAUAAAAAGAAUUAAUAAUAAAACAAAAGAAAUAUGUAUUAAAGAAUAUUUGAAAGAGAGUAAUAAUAUUGUAGAAUGGCAAAAUAAAGGAGAAGAAUGGGAACAUAUUAUCUUUUAUUGUUGUUUUUUGAUGAUGAUUCAAAAUAAUAAAAUAAUGAUGAGUGAAGAAGAAGAAGAGAAAAUGGCAGAUACAAUAAAAUUUAUUCUAAAAGGGUAUCAAAAAAUAGGAAGAGAUAUAAAAAUUGUAGAAAGAAUUAGAAAUACAGAAAUAGAUAUUGAUAGAAUGAUAAAGAGAGAAGAAAUAAAAGGAAGAAUAAGAUAUGAAGAAAGAGAGAAAAUAGAAAUAAAUAAGAAUGAAGAAUAUAAGUCUAUAAGAAGAAAUGAAAAGAAAGAAGAAGAAAAGUAUAAAAUAAUAGAAACAGAAGGAAAUGUUGGACGACCAAUGAAAAUGACAAUAACACUUAAAGAAAUUUAUAUUGAAAGUGGAAAAAUAAUCAUUCAAGAAGUUACUAAUAUAUUAAAUAAAAAAGAAGAAAUAAAAGAAAAAUAUAUUGAUAUAAUGGUAAAUCUAUUAUUUUAUAUUCCAAUGAGAAAUGAUUAUUUAGAUCAACUCAUUGAUGGAAUAAAUAAAAUAAUAAUAAGAGAAAAUAUAGAUUAUUUGAAAAUAAAAAUAUUUUCAUUUCCUUUAAUUAGAAAUAUCAUAAAAAUGAUGAAUGAUAAAGAAAAGACAAUUAGAGAGAAAUGUUAUAAAUAUUAUAAAAGAAUACUUGAAAUAGAUUAUAAAUAUCAUAAAACACUUUCAAAUACAACAUAUUAUUCAAUUACAGCAAUUACAGAACUUCAAUUAAAAGAAAGUAUAAAGUUAGAAGAAACAUUAGAAGCAGAAAUAAAGAAUAAAGAAGAAAAGAGUUUAUUUAAAAAUGAUAUAAAUAAAGUUAUCUUUCAAAUUAAAGAAAUUUUAAAUGUUUCACAUGAAUUAAUUAAAAUGGACAAAUAUAAAACAGAUAUGAAUCUUAUUCAAGAAAAAUAUAUUGAAAUUUCAAAGAAAUAUCAAAAGUAUCCAAGAUUAUAUUAUACAUGGAUUGAUAAAGUUGUUCAAACACAAGAAAAAAGUGGGAAUUAUAUUGAAGCAGGAAUUGGAAUGAAUAAAAUAAUUGAAAUAAUAUGGUAUUGUAUUAAACCAAUAAAAGAAGAUUUAAUUAAAAUAAAUAAAAUACCAUUUUAUACAAAAAUAGAUGAAAAAGAAAUUAAAAUUAAAGAAAAUGAUAGAGAAUAUCCAUUUAAUGAAAAUGGAAUUGAAAGAAGUAUAAAUAAAAGUAUUGAAUAUUUUACAAAAGGAAAGAUGUAUGAUUAUAGUAUAAAAAUGAAUGAAAUAUUAAUUGAAUAUUAUAAAUAUAAAGAAGAAAUGAAUAAAGUUUCAGAAUGUUAUUUGAAAAUGGGAGAAUUAUAUAAAAUGAAAAAUGAUAAAAGUCUCAUGUAUAUUGGAGAAUAUUAUUUUGUAAAAUUUAUAGGAAAAGAAUGGGGUGAAUUAGAAAACAAAGAAUAUAUCUAUCGAUCAGAAUUACGAAUUGGAGAAGCAAUUACACAAAUGACAAAAUCACUUGGUGUUACAUUGAAUGGAACUAUUACAAUAAUUAAUCAAAAUAAAGACAUUAAUGAAUUACCAUUUAACACAUCUUUUAUUCAAAUAGGUUCUGUUAAGAAAUUAGAAGAUAAAGAUCAAACAAAUAAAUUCAUAUCUGAAAUACCUAUCAUUAAAACAAAAGAUAAUAAAAAUAUAACUAUAAAAGAUAUAUGGAAGAAAAAAUUAUAUAUUACAACAGAACACCCUCUCCCUUCUGAACUCAUAAGACAAAAAGUUCUUCAUAUUGAAGAAUAUCUUUGUACUCCAAUUGAAUGUUGUAUUGAUGAUGUAAUUAAGAAGAAAAAACAACUUACUUCACAAUUUAUUAUCUCAAAUCAAAGAAAUACUCCUACGAUGACUCUCUUAUCUCUUUUACAAGGUUCAUUAAUUCCUCAAGUGAAUGGUGGAAUUAUUGAAUAUUUUGAAAUGAUCAAAAGUACUGAUAUUAAUAAAGAAUAUCGUGAACAAUUAUUGAAUGAAAUAACUUCAUUUCUUGAUUUAUGUAAUGAAUGUUUAAAUCUUUAUGAAACAAUAUUAAACAAGAAAUAUUUUCAACUUCAUUUAAAAAUGAAAGAUGGAUUACAUUCUCUCUAUUCAAUUUUGAAUUCUCUUAUUAUUAAUGAUUAA